UCCGCAGUGCCGGGCGGCGCCGGGCCGGGACGGACGGAGCGAGUGCGGCCCUGAUUCCCCCCCGCCAUGAGCCCUCUCAGCCUCCUCGCCCUCGUCCUGUUGGGAGCCCUCCUGGCGGCCGCCGGCCCCACCCAGUUCUUCCGCGAGGAGUUCGGGGAUGGAGACGCCUGGACCCGCCGGUGGGUGGAAUCCAAGCACAAACCCGACUACGGGCGCUUCGUCCUCACCGCCGGCAAGUUCUACGGCGACGCCGAGAAGGACAAAGGGAUCCAGACGAGCCAGGACGCCCGGUUCUACGCCCUGUCGUCGCGCUUCGAGCCCUUCAGCAACCGCGACAAGACGCUGGUGGUGCAGUUCACGGUGAAGCACGAGCAGAACAUCGACUGCGGCGGCGGCUACGUGAAGCUGUUCCCGGCCAGCCUGAGCCAGGAGGACAUGCACGGCGACUCUGAGUACAACAUCAUGUUCGGUCCCGAUAUCUGCGGUCCCGGCACUAAGAAGGUUCAUGUGAUCUUUAACUACAAAGGGAAGAAUGUGCUGAUCAAUAAAGAUAUUCGCUGCAAGGAUGACGAGUUCACCCACCUGUACACGCUGGUGGUGAGGCCGGACAACACCUACGAGGUGAAGAUCGACAACGCCCGUGUGGAGUCGGGGAGCCUGGAGGAGGAUUGGGAUUUCCUCCCCCCAAAAAAGAUCAAGGACCCCGAGGCCAAGAAACCCGACGACUGGGACGAGCGUGCCAAGAUCGACGACCCCGAGGACACCAAACCUGAGGACUGGGACAAGCCUGAGCACAUCCCAGACCCCGACGCCAAGAAACCAGAGGACUGGGACGAGGAGAUGGACGGGGAGUGGGAGCCCCCGGUGAUCCAGAACCCCGAGUACAAGGGCGAGUGGAGGCCGCAGCAGAUCGACAACCCCGACUACAAGGGCAAGUGGGUGCACCCCGAGAUCGACAACCCCGAGUACAGCCCCGACCCGCUGCUCUACUCGUACGACAGCUUCGGGGUCAUCGGCCUCGACCUCUGGCAGGUGAAGUCAGGAACCAUCUUUGACAACUUCCUGAUCACGGACGACGAGAAGCUGGCGGAGGAGAUCGGGAACGAGACUUGGGGGGCCACCAAGGACGCAGAGAGGAAGAUGAAGGAGCAGCAGGACGAGGAGCAGCGGAAGAAGCAGGAGGAGGAGGAGAAGCAGCAGAAAGAGGAGGAAGGGGACGAUGAGGGCGACGGGGACGAGGAGGAGGAGGAUGAGGAGGAGCCCGAGGCCGAGCCCGAGGAGGGGGAGGCGGCCCCGCGUGACGAGCUGUGAGGGUCCCGCGGCGGGACCGUUCUGUCUCUGUGAGACCUGGACUCUUUUCUAUGGGCGCCGCCGCCCGCGGGCCCGGGGAAGCCGCGACCGCGCCGGGAAGGAACCGGGACCGAACCGGCACCGGGCGCUUUUCGGGGCGAGGACUCAGGAGCAGCGCCGGGGGUGGGGAGGGUGCGGGGGGAGGGGAGCACCGGCGGUGUCGCACGGGACUGUACGGGGGUGUUGCGAUCCGGUUUCUAUUAAAUUAACGAUGGUCCCGGC